AUGGCGUCCACAGGUCAUCAAUCUCCGCUAGAGGUCCGCUCCAGCGGCUCGGCCUCGCCUACCCACACCGUCGACGUUGAAAAGAACAGCGCCUCGCAUGAUGACACUGCCAAGGUCUCCAACAUCCAAGCGGCAACGCAGACCGAAUUCGGCGAGAAGCGCGAGCAGUACCGCAGCGAGGAGGACUACAUGUACGAGCAGCAGAAGCGUUCGGAAGGCGACCACAAGUUCCAUCGUCUCGGCUGGAAGAAGCUCACCGUCUGCCUGAUCGUCGAAGCCAUCGCUCUCGGUGCUCUGUCGAUUCCAUCUGCAUUCGCAACCCUCGGUAUGGUUGCCGGCGUCAUUUGCUGUGUCGGUCUGGGCAUCAUUGCCAUCUACACCAGCUACAUCGUGGGUCAGGUCAAGAUUAAGUUCCCGCAGGUAUCGCACUACGCCGAUGCCGGCCAGCUCAUGAUGGGUCGCUUCGGAUACGAGCUCAUCGGUGCCAUGUUCGCUCUCCAGCUGACGCUGCUGGUCGGCUCGCACUGUCUUACUGGUACCAUCGCUUUCCUCAAUCUGAGCGACAACGCCAUCUGUUCGCUCGUAUUCGGUGUCAUCUCGGCCAUCAUCCUCUUCAUUGUGGCCGUGCCGCCCUCCUUCUCCGAGGUCGCGAUUCUGGGAUACAUCGAUUUCGCAUCAAUCAUCAUCGCCAUCGGUGUUGUCAUCAUCGGAACUGGUGUCAGAAAGAGCCAACCUCAAGUAACCCCGACUUUGACAGAAUGGUCUGCCUGGCCCAAGCCAGGAACCACUUUCGCCGAAGCUUGGGUCGCUCUCACCAAUAUCGUCUUUGCCUACUCGUUCGCCGUCUGCCAGUUCUCCUUUAUGGACGAGAUGCAUACCCCUACCGACUACGUCAAGAGCAUCUGGGCUCUCGGCAUCAUCGAAAUCGUCAUAUACACCCUUACCGGCGCCCUCAUCUACGCCUUUGUUGGCACCGAGGUCAAGUCCCCUGCGCUGCUCUCCGCCGGUACCACGCUUUCGAAAGUAGCUUUCGGCAUCGCUCUGCCCGUCAUCUUCAUCUCGGGCUCCAUCAACACUACUGUAGUUGCCAGGUACAUUCACGGCCGUGUCUUCAAAAAUUCGGUCAUCCGAUACAUCAACACCAAGACAGGCUGGCUGACCUGGCUUGGCCUCGUGGCCCUCAUCACCGUCAUUGCCUGGGUCAUCGCAGAAAGUAUACCAUUCUUCCCGGACCUUCUUGGCAUCAUGUCUGCACUUUUCAUUUCCGGGUUCACUUUCUACUGGCCAGCACUGAUGUGGUUCCUUCUGAUCAAGGAAGGCAAGUGGAACUCCACGCGAUGGAACACGAUUCUCAGUAUCACCAACGCAGCAGUGUUCCUUCUGGGCCUGCUCAUCUUGGGCUGCGGAACCUACGCUUCUGUCAAGGGUAUUGUCAACGAGUACGCCAGUGGCUCGGUGCGAGGAUCGUUCACUUGCGCUCCCAUCGAGUAA